AGGGGCGCAGCAUCGAAUACAAUGUCGGUGACUAGAGGCAACAGAUUUAAAAACUUGAUAACAAUUUGCACUGCCACUUCUUUAGACUGGUGUAUUUCCACCCUCAAGCUCACAUUCCCUAUCUGCUUUAUGAUGGGCUUGUUCGCAGAGCCGCAUCAUUUUGGGUUUAGCGAGGAAUACAUGAGGAGUGAUGCGCAAGUGCUUGGCUUGCAUAGGGGCCCUGCAGCUGCAUUCACCGGUGGAGACAAGGGACAGCUGGACAGCCACUACUCACCCACCACUCGCUGUCUGGGCGUCUAGCUCUUGUUUACGAAGAUCUGAUAAGGUAAAGUCUACCGACCGCAGCCCCAGUUUAAAAAGCAAUUACAGUAUGGUAUGGCGAAUCGCUGUCAUAUCACAGUGCCUACCGAACCGAAAGCCGUGCACGAACUGCGUUCCCGACUGUCAUGGAUGCGCAGGAACAGGGGACCUUACCUGGUCCUGUAAAUGCCAACGUGACGCUCCGCGGGUUCGCUUUGCUUUGGGGGCCAAAUGAAGGAUCAGCUCUGAGGUGACGAACAGCGAAAAGCGAACAACCCGGGCGCGUGAGAACAGACGACCAUC